AUGGAGAGCAUCACGUUGCCUCAUCUACUGGACCAUCCAUUGCGGGUGUGCCUUUUCAAGCAUGUGCAGAACGCUACCUUCCUCCGGCAACAACUGCUCGACGGCAACACCGACUUCGAAUAUGCCUUCUUGGACGCCAGCGUACUCAUAUCGCGGAAUCAUGUACUGGCAGCAUGCUUCAGGGCCAUCAACGACAUGCUCAAUGACCGUUUGAAGAGCCGCAACGUCCACUCCGAGAUCGUCUUCUCCUUGUCGCCCAAUAACAACAUAGCAGAGUCCUUCCGACGCUUCGGCAUCAGCAACGAGAGCACACAUGUGCUGGCCAUCAAAGUGGGCGGCGAUGCUGCUCAGAUAGAGGCUCAUCUGACACAAAAUGUUCAAGGCCAGCCAGCCGCUUUCUCAGACGAAGUCCUGGCAGAGCUGUGUGAUCUGAACAAGAUACGGAAGAUCUACCGUAUUCAAGGCUCGGCGAAGGGGAGUGAGACAAUGGCGAGGACAGAAGCAGAAGCAUUCGCGUUGGGCUCGAUGGCUCUGAAAGGGUCAUGA